UCUUCUGCGCUUAUAAUGCAUACAAUUCCCACCAUUUUUGCUUUGGUUCCAAGUAUAAUAUCAAAUCCCCAAACGUCUGUCAUCUUCUUAGCAAUACAGAUAUAACUCCCAGCCUCCCUCUACAUAUUGUUAUUGUUUCUAGCGCUUAUAUAUCUUUGCCGGAUUUGCGAUCUCAUUAACUCAUCAAGCUAUUCGUCAUGAAUACGGUCAGAUUCUUUAGCAAAUCAACCAUGAAAACCACCUGUAGAAUCCUCCUCUUUAGUCGGAACCCACCGUUUUUCAAUCCCAACUCGCAACACCAUGCCGACCCUUUUCGCAUCAUAGGCUCUCGAAGCAUUAUCUUCAAUACCCACAAAGCCUUUCGAUUGCCCAGCUCGGGUUUUGGUCAACCCGUGGCUCUAACAAGGCCUAAUAAUGGGUUUGGCACAACACCCAGUAGGGGAGCCUUCGUAAUUUCUCGGGUCGCGUCGUUUUCGACGACGGUGGAGACCCGAGUGAACGAGAACAAUUUCGAGAGAAUCUACGUUCAAGGUGGUGGGUGUGUUGGUGUGAAGCCAUUAGUGGUGGAGAGAAUUGACAAAGACGAGAAUAUAGUCGGGGAGGAUGAGUCUAGGAUAGAGGUUAAUGGUGGUAGUGACGUAAAUUUAGGGAAUUCCAAGGGUUUGAGUGAAUCCGUGGUGGCGAGGGAGGAAAGUGAAGUGGAGAAGGAGGCGUGGGAGCUGUUGAGAGAGGCGGUGGUGACGUAUUGUGGGAGUCCAGUGGGAACAGUGGCGGCGAGGGACUCUUCCGAUAAUCAGAUGUUGAAUUAUGACCAGGUGUUUAUCAGGGACUUCGUCCCCUCGGCACUCGCGUUCUUGCUUAAGGGAGAGGGAGAGAUUGUGAGGAACUUUCUCCUUCAUACCUUGCAAUUGCAGAGUUGGGAGAAAACAGUGGACUGCUACAGCCCAGGACAGGGUUUGAUGCCUGCAAGUUUUAAAGUUAGAAUUGUGCCUCUUGACGAAAAUAAGCAUGAAGAAGUUCUAGAUCCAGAUUUUGGUGAAUCAGCUAUUGGUCGUGUUGCACCUGUGGAUUCUGGUCUGUGGUGGAUUAUCCUGUUGAGGGCUUAUGGAAAACUCACUGGUGACUAUGCAUUACAAGAAAGGGUGGAUGUUCAGACGGGCUUAAAAAUGAUACUGAACUUGUGUUUAACUGAUGGAUUUGAUAUGUUUCCUUCUCUGUUAGUCACUGAUGGCUCCUGUAUGAUAGACCGGCGGAUGGGUAUCCAUGGCCACCCCCUUGAAAUCCAAGCAUUAUUUUACUCAGCUCUACGAUGCUCCCGUGAGAUGCUUGCUGUAAAUGAUGGAUCCCAGAAUUUGGUGAGGGCAAUCAACAACAGGCUCAGCGCAUUGUCAUUCCAUAUCAGAGAAUAUUAUUGGGUGGAUAUGAAGAAAAUAAAUGAGAUUUACCGAUAUAAAACAGAGGAGUACUCUAUGGAUGCCAUCAACAAGUUUAACAUCUAUCCCGAACAAAUUCCUUCUUGGCUGAUGGACUGGAUUCCAGAGGAUGGCGGAUAUAUGAUGGGCAAUCUACAGCCUGCUCACAUGGAUUUUAGGUUUUUCACGCUUGGAAAUCUUUGGUCCAUUGUUUCAUCUCUGGGUACUCCAAAGCAAAAUGCAGCUAUAUUGAAUUUCAUUGAAGCCAAAUGGGAUGAUCUUGUGGGACAUAUGCCUCUGAAGAUAUGUUACCCUGCUUUAGAGAAUGAAGAGUGGCGAAUAAUCACUGGCAGUGACCCGAAAAAUACCCCAUGGUCAUAUCAUAAUGGUGGGUCCUGGCCAACACUUCUGUGGCAGUUCACAUUGGCAUGCAUCAAGAUGGGCAGAUUUGAACUAGCUCAAAAAGCUGUUGCCUUGGCUGAGAAGAGGCUUUCAGGUGAUAGGUGGCCUGAAUAUUAUGAUACUCGGACAGGGAGGUUUAUUGGAAAGCAAGCACGAUUUUUCCAAACAUGGACUAUUACUGGAUUCCUUGCAUCUAAAAUGCUCUUGGAGAAUCCAGAGAAGGCGUCCUUGUUAUUCUGGGAGGAGGAUUAUGAACUUCUUGAGAUCUGCGUUUGUGCACUUAGCAAGAGUGGUCGAAGGAAAUGCUCCCGCUUUGCAGCGAAGUCGCAGAUACUUGUGUAAUGAGCCUUCUUUUUUUUUUGGAAGGCAGAUGCACCAUGCCUUUGUAUUGUACAGCCACAUCUAAGGAUAGAGGUUAAAUGACAUAAAGCCUAACAUACACCAUUCUUUUUAAGAGUUGCUUUACAAUAAUCACCUCAGUUGUUGUCUGAUUAAUCUGAUCGAGUUGAUCGGCUUUAGAGGUCAAAAUGACAAUGUUGACGGUGCCUCUGUUUUAUGGCACCUGCUGUGGUAAUCUGUUUGUAACUUAUUAACUAUAAGAAGUUUACAUAUUUGUUCUCCCAUCAUGAGGCAGUGGCAAGAUCUCAAGGCAGGUUCCAUAUGAAAUGUCAAGCCCAUUAUAUCCUUCUGGGCAAAUGGUUUGUGUUUCUGGUAA